AUGUACGGCCGAUACACUCAGGAGAUCGGCGCCUACGCCAAGGAGGAAGCGGCUCGCUUCCGGGGGGCCGGGAUCCGAAACCAGACUCCGGAUCAAGUGGAAUAUGAAAAGGACCCCUGUGCCAAGUGCCAGCUUUGCACGUCGCGGUGUCAGAGGUUCCUGAUCUCCCGUGUGGGUGAAGACUGGAUUUUCCUCAUCCUCCUGGGACUGGUGAUGGCGCUGGUGAGCUGGGUCAUGGACUACACCAUCGCCUUCUGUCAGCAAGCACAGAAGUGGAUGUACGGAGGACUGGACAGUAACAUGCUCCUGCAGUACCUGGCCUGGGUUGCGUACCCGGUGGUCCUCAUUACCUUCUCCGCAGGGUUUACACAAAUUCUUGCACCUCAAGCAGUGGGGUCUGGGAUUCCAGAGAUGAAGACGAUCCUUCGUGGUGUGGUGCUGAAAGAAUACCUGACUUUUAAAACCUUCGUGGCUAAAGUUAUUGGUCUGACUUGUGCCCUGGGUAGCGGCAUGCCACUGGGCAAGGAGGGUCCGUUUGUCCAUGUUGCAAGUCUGUGUGCUGCACUUCUGAGUAAAUUCAUGGCCCUGUUUGGAGGAAUCUACAUGGAAGAACCGUUCGAGGGAACCAAGAAUGAGUUGAGGAACACAGAAAUGCUCUCUGCGGCGUGUGCUGUCGGAGUCGGCUGCUGCUUUGCUGCUCCCAUCGGAGGUGUGUUGUUUAGCAUUGAAGUGACGUCGACAUUUUUCGCCGUGAGGAAUUACUGGAGAGGAUUUUUCGCAGCAACGUUCAGCGCCUUCAUCUUCAGAGUGCUGGCCGUCUGGAACAAAGAUGAAGAGACGAUCACGGCGCUGUUUAAAACACGGUUUCGUCUGGAUUUUCCGUUCGACCUGCAGGAACUCCCGGCCUUCGCCGUGCUGGGUAUCGCGAGUGGAUUCGGGGGGGCGCUGUACGUCUACCUGAACCGGCUGAUCGUCGAGUCGAUGAGGAAACAGAAAACCAUCAACAAGUUUUUCCUAAAAAAGCGGUUAGUGUAUCCCGCUGUGGUCACGCUCCUCAUAUCCACUCUCACUUUCCCUCCAGGAUUCGGGCAGUUCAUGGCCGGCCAGCUCACUCAGCACGAGUCGUUAGUGGCGUUGUUCGACAAUCAGACCUGGUACAAGCAGGGUGUGUCCGAGGAGUUUGUCUACUCGAGUCAACCUCAGGCCUGGAAACACCCACAGGUCAGCGUCUUCAUCACCCUCCUCCUCUUCAUCAUCAUGAAGUUCUGGAUGUCAGCCGUUGCCACGACGAUGCCAGUGCCAUGCGGCGCCUUCAUGCCAGUUUUCCUCAUAGGUGCUGCGUUUGGUCGUCUGGUGGGUGAAAGCAUGGCGGCCAUGUUCCCCGACGGCAUUCACACCGACAGCACUGUAUAUCCCAUAGUUCCCGGCGGCUACGCUGUUGUAGGUGCUGCAGCACUUUCCGGGGCGGUCACACACACCGUGUCCACAGCGGUGAUCGUGUUUGAGCUGACCGGUCAGAUCUCACACAUCCUGCCGGUGAUGAUCGCGGUGAUUCUGGCCAACGCCGUGGCUCAGAGCCUCCAGCCGUCGCUCUACGACUCCAUCAUCAGGAUCCAGAAACUUCCGUACCUGCCAGAACUGGGCUGGGGACAGGAAAAGUAUAACAUCCGAGUGGAGGACAUUAUGGUGCGAGACGUACGUUUCAUCACGCUGUCCUCUACGUACCGCGAUGUGCAGGAGGCUCUGGUGAGCGGCCAGCUGAAAACUCUCGCACUCGUAGAGUCUAAAGAGUCAAUGAUCCUGCUCGGCUCUAUCGAGCGUUCUCAGCUCCAGUUCUUGCUCUCGGAGCAGCUCGGGCGAGGCCGAUGGUUGGAGUACUUGAGAGAACGAGCACAGGACAACGGUGCCCACAUCCCCUCAUCGUUUUCCCAGAAUUCCUCACCCAAAGCUGGUCGUGGUGUCCGCUUUCUGAUUUCUACAGAGGAAUCGUCGUACAGUCCAACCCUCACCAACUCCCAGCUUCCCCUCAAGUCCGCUCUGAAGACCGUCACGUCCAUCAGCAACACCGACACCGUAAACAGUUCUCCGAGUCCAUCCUGUGGAGAACCAGUGAAGGAGCAGGUGGAGGAAGCUCCUAACAUCGAUGAUGACAUGUCCACAGCAGAGAUAUCUGAGUGGGAGGAGCAACAGCUGGAAGAACCCGUCUGCUUUAACAACUGCAAAAUAGACCCCGCCCCCUUCCAGCUCGUCGAGCGCACGUCUUUACACAAAACACACACUAUCUUCUCGCUGCUUGGUCUGGAUCACGCUUACGUCACGAGCACGGGGAGACUGGUUGGAGUCGUCUCGCUAAAAGAGCUACGCAAAGCCAUUGAGGGCUCUGUAACGGUCACCGGGGUGAAGGUCCGCCCCCCUCUGGCCAGUUUCCGUGACAGCGGCACCAGCAGCAACGUUUCUGAGGUAACCGAGCUCCACAAGCUCUGGAGUCGCCACAGGAGCCUGCCGUUGCCGCAGGAACCCAAAACAGCCGCGGAGCUCUGCGAGGAGCUAGAGCCUCCGUCUGAAAGCAGCAUGCUGAACGAGACGGACUGCACAGAGGUCUUACCCAGCGAGGACCAGUCGCAAGCAUCGGUGAUGGAGGAGACCCAGUCGGAGCUCGAGAACUUUUCAGAAAACUUUUCCGAACCAGUCGAGGAAACCGGCUCAGGCCAAAGCGAGGAACUGGUGUGCGAGAUUAACCCGUUAAAUACGGAGGACCAGCCGGAAUGACAGCUGCUGUUUGUUAGUUAACACACAGUAAUGAAUCUAACAUACUGGGACAUCCAUGUACAUGACCCUGCCUUCAUACUAGCAAGCAACAAAAUGGCAACGUAACAAAAUUUCUUAGUCUCGAUGCAGUAAAUUUAAACAAUUAACACCACUAACAUCCAGUCUAAACAUGUAGGUGGUGUGAUUUCGGAUUUCGUUGUUGGCCAGAAAGCUAGCCGACAUCAAUGUUACUAAUAGAAGCAACUGAGAAAGAAAUAACUACCAACUUACUGUGUUUUAAAAAAAGCACAUGAUUAAUAUUCAAUACUGAUCACUAGCUGUGUGGCAUUAUUGCUACCAGGGUGAAGGCUAACAUGUAAAGGAAUGCUAAUGCUAACAUGGCCUGAUGUUAGCCGUAUAUGCACAAAACUGCUUAGCGUCACCGCAGACUAAAUGAAUUGGCAUUUCUUACACGCUUGAGUAUAACCAAUAUUAAAA